UCACCAAAUUGAAAAACACACAACAUUAUUAUUAUUAUUAUUAUUAUAUACAAGAAGAAAUACUGCUUGUAAGUGAUUCAUCAAUGGCUAUUGCUUCCAUGUUGGCUUUCAUGGCUGAUUGGUCCACACCCACUAUUCUUUUUUGUGCUCUUAACAUCAUGAUCGCCACCAUCUUUAUAGCUUCAAACUACAAGUCUCCAAACAAUCAUCAUCAUGAUAAUACACCGAGUGAACUCACUCGAUCACCUUCGUUGCUGGAACGAGUCAAGUCUGUGAGUUUUUCAUCUUUCUACACCACCCCAGAAUCACAUGACCAAUAUCAAGUUCAUUCUGAGUCAAGCGAGUAUGACUCGGCGAGUCAGCUCGGUCGUCGGCUGUCUCUUUUGGAACGAGUUAAGUCCUUUGAUUUCUCUUUCUCUUCUUUCCACAACUCAUUACCUGCUGAGUCAGAGCAGCUCAGUGACUCGCUGAGUGAAGUGACUCGGACUCGUUCGUUGAUGGACCGAGUCAAGUCGUUUAAACUCAGAUCUCCCUUCAACUCGGAUCAACACUCUGGCAACACACCAUCUUGCAAAGAUGAUCAUUCGGAUAACGACCCACAUCAUGACUCAAAUGAACACAAUAAUGUCACAAAUGUAUCGGAUAAGUCUGGGGUGGCUCCGGCGAAUAGACCACCAAGCAAGUCAAGGAAAUCAGGUAGCGAGAAGAGGCCAACAUCAGACGGCGGAAGAGAGGUUGACGUCGGGAAGCCACCACUAGCGGCAACGAAAAAGGCCUUCCAGGUGCAUGGUGAAAGUGUAGAUGCAAAAGCUGAUGACUUCAUCAAAAGGUUUAAGCAACAACUGAAACUACAAAGACUUGAUUCUCUUAAAAAUUUUAGAGAAAUGUUGCAUAGAGGAACAUGAAUAUUUGCUUGAAAUAAACAGUUUCUUGACGUAAAUGCCCCUGAUUAUCGAGUUAUGCAUCUUGUUUAAUGUA